UUCAGCAAGAAAUUGAAGUUGUACUGAGGGUGGAGCACCUACAUAAUUUUUGUUUAUUAAAUGCUGUUUUAAACUUUUUUGGUGGCAGAAAAUAUUGUAUUAUGGACUGAGUGUAGAGAACAUCCCAUCAAAUGGGAUGCUUAAGAUGUUUGUGGUAGCCGAGGCCGGUGCUAGAGUUUAGGAGGAAAACAACUUGUUUUCCAGGCUUUCCCCCCUUUUCCUACAAUGGAAUUGAAGUUUAUCAUGAAAUGAUGGCGAAAACACUGUAAUCUUUCCCAGUAUCCAGUCGGGAUCCAAAAGGAGGCUUUGUGACAGGCCUCACGUAUAGGGCCGAUGCACUAGGCACAGGCCAUGGCCAUUGGCAACAUUCCCUCAUCUUUCCUGGCUUUUUAAUUUCAGUUAUUGCCCAGUGGUCCAAAAGGCAAACAACUGCAAUGCCCUUAGUUUUCCCUAUCAAAGUGAACUAACUGCCUACUAGUCUAUGUGUUAUCACGAAACUGGUGUGCCUGCCUGCAGAUGUCCACGUGACAGAGAAGGAAACUACUGAACGCAGAGAAUCCUGGGAAUCAAAUCUCAUACUUAGAGGAGGUCUGGCUGGAUUUACUGUCACAUAACUUUUUAUUUCUUUUUUUUAUGAAUUGGAGCUUUACCUCAAUUAUGAGUGCUCAGUUCCUAUGGGGCUCAUGGUAAGAACUGGUGACGAAGCGAACACAGGGCCCCGGAACCUGCCCUCUUUCGGUUCGGACCCCAGCCUGGGUUCCAGGGAACUGGCCACUUCCGCCCCCAUCCCCGGGCCCGCCUACUUCCGCCUCACAUAAACAAACGCUCGGCGCCUGCGUGAGGCGAGCCCAUCGCAGCCAAUGAGGUGCCAGGAACAAAAAUCAGUGACCAAUGAGAUCCUGGGAGGUCUCGGCGGUCGACCAAUUGCGAGGCCUCGCACCCGGAUAUGAUUGCCGGUUCUGAAAUCAAGCUCUGAGAAGGAGCGGCGUUCCGCAUGUGGCCGGGCUGUGGGCGCGGAGUCCAGGGCGAGCGCGUUACGUUCAGCGUCUCGCGCGUGCGGUUCACAUGUAAGGGUCCUUCCUUUGGGUUUUGAAUGGGGGAGAAAUCAACGUGGCUGCUUGUCUGUGGGAAGGAAGCCCAUUGAAGUGUCCCGGAGCGGAGCCAGCGUGGGGGAAAGCCCCUCCGUUGGUACCUCCCUUACACCGGGUGGGACAGCCUGGAAGACGCAGCUGCGGAGUGGAAGUAUGAAUCUCUUACCUAAGAGCUCCAAGGAGUUUGGCUCCGUUGACUAUUGGGAGAAGUUCUUCCAGCAGCGCGGAAAGAAAGCUUUCGAGUGGUAUGGAACUUACCUGGAACUGUGCGGGGUGCUGCACAAAUACAUGAAGCCCCGGGAAAAGGUGCUGGUGAUUGGGUGUGGUAACUCAGAGCUCAGCGAGCAGCUGUACGACGUGGGCUAUCAGGAUAUUGUGAACAUUGACAUCAGUGAGGUUGUCAUCAAGCAAAUGAAGGAACGCAAUGCCCACCGACGGCCCCAGAUGAGCUUCUUGAAGAUGGACAUGACCCAGAUGGAGUUUCCUGAUGCCUCUUUCCAGGUGGUGCUGGACAAGGGCACCCUGGAUGCUGUCCUGACAGAUGAGGAGGAGAAGACCCUGCAACAGGUGGACAGGAUGCUGGCUGAGGUUGGCCGUGUCCUGCAGGUGGGCGGUCGCUACCUCUGCAUCUCCCUGGCUCAGGCUCACGUCCUGAAGAAAGCAGUGGGUCACUUCUCCAGGGAGGGGUGGAUGGUCAGGGUGCAUCAGGUGGCCAGCAGCCAGGACCAGGUGUUGGAAGCAGAGCCUCGGUUUCCCCUGCCUGUCUUUGCCUUCAUCAUGACCAAGUUCAGGCCAAUCCCUGGCUCUGCCCUUCAGAUCCUGGAGCUGUGUGCUCAGGAGCAGGGCAAGCCUGUGCGGCUGGAGAGUGCUGAGCGGCUGGCCGAGGCGGUGCGGGAGCGUCAGCAGUAUGCCUGGCUGUGUAGCCAGCUGUACCGCAAGGCCGGGCUGGGGAAUGUGUCCCUGGACUUGUGCAAUGGGGACACGGGGGAGCCACGCUACACCCUCCACGUGGUGGACAGCCCCGCUGUGAAACCAUCGCGGGACAAUCAUUUUGCCAUUUUCAUCAUCCCCCAGGGUCGGGAGACCGAGUGGCUCUUUGGCAUGGAGGAGGGCCGGAAGCAGCUGGCGGCCAGCGCUGGCUUCAGGAGGCUGAUCACAGUGGCCCUGCACCGAGGUCAGCAGUACGAAAGCAUGGACAGCAUCCAGGCCGAGCUAUCGGCCAGAGUCAUGGAGUUGGCCCCGGCCGGGAUGCCCGCCCAGCAGCAGGUGCCUUUCCUGUCCGUGGGUGGGGACAUCGGGGUGCGGACCAUUCAGCACCAAGACUGCAGCCCCUUGAGUGGCGACUACGUCAUCGAGGACGUGCAGGGGGAUGACAAGUGCUACUUCCGGCGGCUCAUCUUUCUCAGCAACAGGAACGUGGUGCAGUCAGAAGCCAGAUUGCUGAAGGGUGUGUCUCACAAAGCCCAGAAGAAGCGGAGAAAGGACAGGAAGAAGCAGUGGCCGGCUGGUACUCCAGAGGAGCCCCCUGCAGCCCCGGGGCAGUCCAUCGAUAAGAGCUACCUGUGCUGUGAACACCACAAAGCCAUGAUCGCCGGCCUGGCCUUGCUGAGAAACCCCGAGCUUCUCCUAGAGACCCCGCUGGCUUUGUUGGUGGUAGGCCUGGGCGGGGGCAGCCUCCCCCUCUUUGUCCACGAUCAUUUCCCAAAGUCCCGUAUCGAGGCUGUGGAGAUCGACCCGUCCAUGUUGGAAGUGGCCACCCAGUGGUUUGGCUUCUCCCAGAGCGACCGGAUGAAGGUCCACAUUGCAGAUGGCCUGGACUAUAUUACCAGCCUAGCCGGAAGAGAAGCACGGCCUCAGUACGACGUGAUAAUGUUUGAUGUGGACAGUAAGGACCCAACACUGGGAAUGAGUUGUCCGCCCCCAGCAUUUGUGGACCAGCUCUUCCUGCAGAAGGUCAAGAGCAUCUUGACUCCUGAAGGUGUCUUUAUCCUCAACCUUGUGUGCCGAGACUUGGGGCUAAAGGACUCAGUGCUGGGUGGGCUCAAGGCGGUGUUCCCCCUCCUGUAUGUCCGGCGCAUCGAGGGGGAAGUGAACGAGAUUCUGUUCUGUCAGCUGCACCCCGAGCGGAAACUUGCCACACCAGAGCUCUUGGACAUGGCCCAGGCCUUGGAGCAGACCCUGCGGAAGCCAGGGAGAGGUUGGGAUGGCACGUAUGUCCUGUCCGAUAUGCUCAAGACUGUGAAGAUUGUGUGAUCGCUGGCCUCUCAGCCUCCUGCCUGCCUGACCGUGGGCUCCUGGCCUGCCAGAGAUUGACGAAAUAGAACCCACAGUACUUUCUAAGCCUCGUAUUUUUCUUGGUUUCAUACUCAGCUGCAUGGGACCUUCAGCCUGGUGACGUUGCCUGGAGAGCUGGGGAAAUAAAAACAUUCUUCCUGUGCUGUCCUCUUCAGUAA